CUUCCCAAAGAGAGCCGGAGGACUUGAUAAAACGAAGAAAUGAGCACGAUGGCUGCCUCUGCCUCGUCGUCGUCGCUGCCACGACGGAUCCAAGAGAUCCCACCGCGGACCGAGUACCGCUUUGAGCUGGAACCAUCUGAACGAAUCGCCAUUCGCCUUGUGCCUGGAAGCGGCGGAACGGCCGACGUCUUUGGCCACGAGCUGAGCGCGGCGACGGAACGGUGGUAUCCCUUUGGCGACGAGGCCAAGAUAGCCGUGUCGAGCUCAACGGGGUGCCAGAUCGAGAUAGUCGGCCAUGUGUCGACGGAGUACGUGGCAGACGAGGCCAGCCCUAGCUUUACGAGCUGGAGCAACCUGCACAUCUACCUCGAGAAAAAACGGCUCAUGGCAAGAGAGGACCUGAAGAAGGACCUGGCAAGCGGGGAUGCGAGCAAUGUUAGGAAGCUGGCAUCGAGCGACAAGGUGUUGCACACAGUCGCGCCGAGGUGGGCGGCGCCGAAUGCACAGGCAGAUGAGGGGCAAGAGGUAGGCGGCACAUCGGCAUACACCCCUGAAGGGCAAGGCCCAAGGAUCAUGGUGCUCGGUUCGGAGGCGUCUGGCAAGUCGAGCUUGAUCAAGUUCUUGGCAAAUUAUGCUCUGCGAAGUCCUGCCGUCUGCGAUCCGCUCAGAGGGACGGCUAGUGAGAAGCGAGAGAGUGAAGAGCAGCGGCAAGAUGAUGGAAGCGCCCCAGGGGGCGACAGUGGCAGCCAGAUUACGGGCUGGUGGCCUACGAUCGUCUCUCUCGACCCAUCGAUCGGGACAGCACCGCUGCCCUGUACCGUAUCCAUCCUGCCGCUUUCAGCCGUUCCCAACUCCACGCUUCCCUCUCCAUCGCCUGCUUAUCCCUACGGUCUGACUCCAAACACAUCAGGAGCUAUUCCACCUUCGGCUUCAACGGUGCAAGCCACGAGCCCCUACUCGCUCUGGCUGGGGCAAGAGACCGCCCGCGAAAAUGAGCGACAUAGCAGAAGAGUUGUCGAUUGGCUCGCGGAUGCGCUCGAUCGGAGGCUCGCAAGGGACGAGAGGGCCAGAUGUAGCGGCAUUCUUGUCGAUAUGCCCGGCGUCACAACAGCCGAUAGUCGAUCGAGGUAUGCCUUUGUUCAGCACUGUGUCCGAGCUCUCCAUAUCGACACGAUUGUCAUUCUCGGCCACGAGAAGCUCAACAUUGAGCUGUCAAGAAUCUUUGGCCAGCAGGGUUCAGGCAUCAGCGUCGUUAAGAUUCCAAAAUCGGGAGGAGUCGUCGAGCUGGAUCAGACGUUCAAGCAACGACUCCGAGCGCUGCAAGUGCGGAAUUAUUUCUAUGGAGGCAGCAACGCCCCUCGUACCUUAGGCGAUGCCACCAAGGAAGCUACCGAAGACGAGGCUAGCACGGCGACUUCGAGUGCAGCAAUGAGCGUCAUGUUGGAGCCUUUGGGCAACCUUCCCUCGUUGAGUCCAUACAGCACGACAAUUCCCUUUGAUCUUCUUGAGAUAUACAAGAUUGGCGCCGAGUCGGCCGCACCUUCGUCAGCUCUGCCGAUCGGUGCCAGUCGAGCGCUGCAGGAUCAGACACAGCUUAUCAAGCUCAAUCCCUCUGAUUCGACACUGGAUCAGGCCAACAUUUCCAACGCCGUCCUCGCCCUUGUUCAGCCUGUUCGAGGAGGCGGAGGGCCAGGUCAAGCGGAUAGCAAGGUCGAGCCGCCCCCGACCGACGAUGAGAUUAUCGGAAGCCCCAUCUUGGGCUUCAUUCAUGUCGCAAGCAUCGACGCCGCUAAAAAGAAGAUGACGAUUCUCUCCCCUAGCCCAGGCAAACUUCCAAGCAAGACUGCCAUACUUGGAUCUCUCGACUGGCAAGAUGCCUGAGCACGUCACGCCGACCAGGUAGACCUUUCAUCGUCAAAAUAAUAAAGCGGUAUCCUUUGAUAUUGAACAACCCUCCUGUGAGAAGGGGAGGAACGUGUGCCCAUCUGUUUUACAAGAAGAAAAAGAAUAGAAAUGAGGU